AUGCAAUAACAUAAAGUUAUAUUUGGUAAUAAACAGAUUCUGUAUACUACUACAUAACCUUAUUUUUAAGGCACUAAAUAUAAAUUAUUUUUAACUUCGGAGUGCAAUUAUGUAAUCAAAGUAUAUGAUGCUGGACAAGAGAAGGUAUUUAAUUAUAUUGUAAUUUUAUAUAGUAUUUGAAUACAGAGUUAUAAGCUGUUCAUCUUUUUAAGGAUAAUGGGUGUAGCAAUAUUGUAAAAUCAUAUGAAGGAGAAUUAUAACCAAAUAAAAAAGUAAUAGUUUUUGAAAAAGCUGAAGUCCUCCAAAAUAUUUUGAAGGAUUCCUAAUAAGGUUUAGUGGAACCUCAAGUCCUAAAAGUAAGCAGAAAAAUAAGCGUAGAUCUUAUUAGAUUUAAGCAAAGCAUUACAGCACUCUCAUUCAUUAGGCAUAACACAUCGAGAUAUCAGACCAGAGAACAUUUUAAUUGGAUUAGAUAAGCAAGCAAAAUUAUGGAAUUUUUAACGAUGCUUUUUCUAAGUAUUUUAAAUUUUAAUAAGCAAUAUGAUCAAAUACCAAAUGAAUAUUUGGGAAGAAUCAAAGAAGAAAUUGAGAUGAACACUUUUGAACAUGUAAGAGCUCCAGAAUAAAAAGAUUUCUCUCAAAGAUUGCCAAUCACUACCAAAGUAGAUAUCUAUGCUUUAGGAUAAUUAAUGUAUUAUAUGAUAUUUAAAGUCCGAUAUGAUUAAAAUCCUAAUUGGGAAGGAAAGUAUAAAUUUAAUAUAAAUUAAGUGCAUAAUGGGGCGUCUAUAGUUCCAAAUUAUAAAACCUAAUAAAAUAAUUACUUAUCAUAAAUCCAAAGGACAGGAUAUCAGCAGAAUAAAUAGAAAAAUACAUAAAUACAAUCAUUACUUAAUAUAAGUAAAAUUGUAAUUAAAUAUACCUUAGCGGAAUAUCAUAAUAGAUUCAUUUAAGAAGUUAAUCAACAAAUGAGAUCUAGAAUAGAGAGAUAAUUACUUCAAAUAAAGAAUUAGAUAAAUGUCAUUCAUUUGAAUUUAAAGAUUUAUAAUAACCACAAUAAUCCUCAUUAUCAACAAGAUUAGUAAAAUUAGUUAGUAAAGUGGCUUAGAAGACAGAUUUUUGGGUGGCUGCAUGUUUAGAAGAAGUUGAUGCAGCUCCUUGUUAAAAAUAUUUUAGAUAUCUUCAUUGUAAAGCGUGGUAAAAGAAAUAGAAAAUUCCUAAAUUUUAUGAGAAAGUAUCAAAUAGAUUAUAAUUACACUCUGUAAUAGUAACAUUUAAGACUUUAUAAUUAAUACAUAACUAUGUUAAAAAAGGUCCUUAAGAAGCCAUAGCAGUAUAAAAUUCAAUAUAUUCUCCAAAUGUAAUUUUAGAAAGAAUUAAAAAUUUCUAAGAAUAAUAUUAAAUGAAAAGUUCUAAAGAUAAAUUUAGAUCACAGUUUUUUACAAAUUUAUUGUAUAUGUAUUCAAUUAUAUUAUUGGAAAAAGUGAAAUUUCAUUCAUUUUAUCUAAAGUUUUUUGAAGGUAAUUAUGCUAUGAUUCCAUUUUUCAAUAGCAUGAAUGGAAUUUAAAAGUAAAAAUUAAGUAUAGCAAUAUUAAACAAUAUGAUGAAUUUAUGGAAAUAAUUAUUAAAUUUCACAUCUAAUAUAUAAUUUUAAGAAUAGAAUUUAAUAAACUUAUAAUUGGGACUUGCAAUAACAAUGGCUGAUGAAUUAUACAAUAUUCUUUGUACUUUUACUCACAUAUUUUAUGCUUUGAAGUAAAGUACUAAUUAUAUUAGUGGAUAGCCCACUAAUAAUAAUGAAGUUAAAUAAGCCUUUCUUACAUUAUAAGAUGAUUAUUAGAAUAACUUCUAAUAGACAACAAAUUUCUUUACUGUUUGCAAAAGAAUACCAUAGUUUUAAUAAUUAAUACCAGAUCCUUCCAAGAAUGUAGUUGAAACAUUAAAAAAUGUUCCAUUAUUUUAAUCUAAAAGAGGAGACUUUAAUAUUAAUGAUUUCUUAAGUUAUUAAAUGUCAAUUGAUGGAGUUAAAUUACCUUAAAGUUAUGGCGAAAUAAUGAUUAAUUAAGUAAUAGAAUAUGAUGAAGAAGCAAUUGAAUUAGAACCUAAAUAUAAAAAAUAAAAUUCUAAUACUAUAAAAGCAGUAAUCUCAUGUUAAAUUUUUUAAUAAGAAAAAACAAAUUAAUUUAAUUUUGAAUUUGAAGCAAUACCAAAUAUUAAUAAAAGUAUAAAUUCUCAAUAAAAUACAAUUUAAGAAGAUCAAAAAAAUUUAUAAUACUAAUAAAAUUCAAUUGUUGAAAAUUAAAGAGAAUCUAUAAGUUUUAAAAAUUUAGAAUUAAAGAAAAAACCAUCGAAACAAUAACAAUAAGGUGAAUACAAGGGAUUAGAUUUCUCUGAUGAUGAAGAUGAUAAUAUUAUGCAUAAUUAAUCAAAUGAAGAUGAUUAAUCUGAACAAUUACCUUAAAAACAUAUUGAAUUCUAACAAACUAAAAUAAGAGCUCCUUUAUCAAAUUAAAAUGUUUAAUUAACAAAAUAAUUAUUAAAUGAUGAAGGAUUUUUAAAUUGGAGACCAAAUUAAGAUAAUUAAAUUAAAUCAAAUGGAUAAAAUUAAAGAAUAUAAUCAGCCAAUUCUUAAUCAAAUAAUAUUUUUGAGUAAUUUGAUCUAAAUUAAAAUUAGAAAUAGAUACUCUUUGAUAAUCCUAUACUAUCAUAAUCUAACACAUUCUAAGUUGUUGAUUAUUUUAAUAAACAAGGCAAAAGUAUAUAUUUAUAUUCUAAAUUCUUAGAUGUUUCUGAGUGGAUGAUUAAUCAUGAUUAAUUAAAAUUAGAAACACUUAUAGGAACAGGAAGUAGUUGUACUGUUUAUAAAGGUUAUUGGAGAGGAGGAGAAGUUGCUAUUAAAAAAAUGAAAAUUCAAUAAUUAAAUGAAAACCACUUAAAAGAAUUUAGGAGAGAAAUCUCAGCUUUAGUGACUAUAAAAAGACAUCAAAAUUUAGUAUAGCUUUUGGGAAUAUCAUAAAAAGAAGAUGAAUUAUAUAUUGUAACAGAAUUCUGUGCUGGAGGAACACUUUUUGAUUUAUUACAUAGAAAAAAACAUUUAGAAAUUAGUUGGCAAUUAAGGGUUAAGAUGGCAAUACAAAUAGCAGAAGGUAUGUUACAUUUACAUAAAUUGAAUCCUCCAUUAAUACAUAGAGAUCUUAAGAGUUUAAAGUAAUUUUAUCUAACUAUUUAAUAGUUUAUUACUUGAAUAAACUUAUGAUUAAAAUAGAAUAAAUAUAAAAAUUGCAGAUUUUGGAUUAGCUCGAGUGCAAGCAGAUAAUGGAGAAUAAAUGACAGGUGUCUUAGGAACUUUUGUAUAUUAUUUAUUUUACAUUAGCAUUGGAUGGCUCCAGAAGUGUUUUAAAAUGUUCCUUAUACGAUAAAAGCUGAUGUUUAUUCAUAUGCAGUAAAAUAAACAGUUCUAUGAAAUUUAGAUAGUUAUAUGGGAAAUAUGUUGUAGAGAAACUCCAUAUAAACAAUUAUCCACUAAUCCACCUGCAAUAAUGAAAUUAGUAGCAGUAGAUAAUGGAAGGCCAGAUAUGAAUUUAAUUUAGGCUGGAUGUCCAAUAUUUUUGAAAGAGUUAAUGAUUAAAUGUUGGGAUAAAGAUCCUACAAAAAGACCAUCUUUUUAAGAAGUAUCGUAGUACCUUAAGGGAUUUUAAUGAUUU